AUGGCCGACUUCCCCAAACUUAUCCCCGCCUUCACUGUCCAAGUGGCAAUCUCCCCACCACAAACCAUUUCCGAAACCCUCACCUUCGUCCCCUUCCUGUCGACAGGCGGCUCUAUCGUCUCGGAACCGUCCUACCCGAUCAAGCUCAAAGCCGCCCUGGAGCACGGCGCAGACUACAUCAAGCUGGCGCCCGACGGCAAGCACGUGCGCCUCGACGUGCAGAGCCUCGCGCGCGAUGCCAACACGGGCAAACUGCUGCGCUUUAUGUACUGCGGCAAGAUCUCGACGACGGGGCCUGCGGGGCGGGUGUUGAGGGGUGAGGAAGGGGCAGGGACGACUUCGUUUGGGGAGGCUUUCUCGGUUGUGGAGUUUGAGGUCGGAGGUAAGGAGCUCGCGGCGCUGGAGGAGAAAGUGUAUGUCGGGUCGGGGCGGUUCGUCAUUGAGCCCGGGAAGCCAGUCAUUGUUGAGUACAAGGUCAGUGAGGUCUCUGCGUAG